GUUGACCACUUACUAGGACGACGCUAGCAGGCUAGCAAGGGUGGUAUCAAGCACGGUUUCUGCAGUAACUAGUUAGCUAGUCACACUAGCAAGCCUCAAUAUAUCGGCUGAACAUCAUCAUCCUUCAAGUAGCUACAGGCCGCGAGGGUUCAUGUUAUAAGCCGCACGCAUUGAGUGUGCUUGUUGGCUAGCUCACUGCAUUGUGUGUAGCUUAGAAACGAGCGUUAGCUAACUGAUCUUGGAGUCGUCCACUAUAAGUUAAAAACAGAAAGGGCUUAAGACAAAAUGAAAAGUGAAGGAAUAGAAGGCACCGAUAGGUUUUUGAGCCCUGGCAAAGGUCGAGGACUAAAAGCCUUGAAACAUUUCAAAGUAGGGGACCUCGUGUUCUCCUGUCCAGCUUACGCAUACGUCUUGACAGUGAAUGAGAGAGGUGCCCACUGUGAAUUCUGCUUCACGAGACAAGAAGGCCUGUCCAAGUGUGGAAAAUGCAAACAGGCGUAUUACUGCAAUGUGGAUUGCCAGAAAGGCGAUUGGCCCAUGCACAAGCUGGAGUGCUCAGCCAUGUGCGCCUACGGUGAGAACUGGUGCCCCUCCGAGACGGUCAGGCUGGUGGCAAGAAUCAUUGUGAAACAGAAACUGCAAAAAGACAGGACUCCGUCUGAGCGGUUGUUAGCACUGAGCGAGUUUGAGUCACACCUUGACAAGCUUGACAAUGAGAAGAACGAGAUGAAUGAAGCCGACAUCGCCGCACUUCAUCAUUUUUACUCCCGACACCUAGACUUCCCCGACAAGGCCACUCUCAAUGAGCUUUUUGCUGGGGUUAACAACAAUGGGUUCACAAUUGAAGAUGAAGAGUUGUCUCACUUAGGCUCCGCAGUAUUUCCAGAUGUUGCUCUGAUGAACCACAGCUGUAGCCCCAAUGUCAUUGUGACCUACAAAGGGACAACAGCAGAAGUGAGGGCAGUGCAGGACAUUAGUCCUGGGGAAGAGAUUUUCAACAGCUAUAUUGACCUGCUUUAUCCCACGGAAGAUCGGAAUGAGAGGUUGAUUGAUUCCUACUUCUUCGAGUGUGACUGUAAGGAGUGCACCACAAAGUCUAAGGAUAAGGCCAAGAUGGAGCUCCAGAAGAACUUGAGCUCGCCCCCAGAGCCAGAGGAAAUCAGACAAAUGGUGAGGUAUGCCAAGAACGUCAUCGAGGAGUUCCGGAAGGCAAAGCAUUACAAGACCCCAAAUGAACUGUUGGAAAUCUGUGAAUUGAGUCUGGAGAAGAUGGGCGCCAUCUUUGCAGACACAAAUGUGUACAUGCUUCACAUGAUGUACCAAGCCAUGGGAGUGUGCCUCUACCUGCAAGACUGGGACGGAGCCAUGAAAUAUGGGGAGAAAAUCACAAAGCCAUACAGCGUGCACUAUCCUCUUUAUUCUCUGAACACAGCCUCAAUGUACCUGAAGCUAGGUAGACUAUAUUUAGGACUGGAAAAGAAGUCACUUGGAGUCAAGGCUUUAAAAAAGGCACUGGCCAUAAUGGAAAUUGCUCAUGGCAAAGAUCACCAUUACGUAGCCGAGGUCAAGCGAGAGAUGGAGGAAUAGAAAAGAGAGGAGCGGAGGAGAGCCUGACCAUAGACAUACAUGGAUAGCGCAUUGACAUACGUCCAUACGAGUCCAAUGCGGUAUCUAUCUAUAUAUAUAUCUAUGAGCCUGACCACCCUGACGUUUUGCACCAACAAAGCUGCAUGGCAUGCAUCUUAUACCUCUACUUCAGUCCUUACAACCAAGCGAUGUCAGAACAAUAUUCAACUCUUUCUAAUAAAUGUUACACGUGGACAAUUGUGGUGGUGCACACCUUUCAGCAUUGCAAGUAACACACCUGUGUCUCACAUCUUUUUGUGGAUUUGUUAAGUGUUUGCUACAGCACCUUGUCAGAAGAAUAUUCUGCACUAGGCCUAAGACAACAAGGGCUUUUUCUUUACUUUUCUUUUUUUUUUUUUUUUUAAAAGACAACAAAACAUAAAAUUCACCACGUUUUUAAACAUACUGUUUAAUGGAUCCGUCUGUCCUCUUGCCUAUUGUAGCAAUGGAAGGGAAACGCAAAACACUAUUGUGAAUCAGAACAAGAUAAGAAUGUAUAUUGUUUUCAGUAUUGCCAGUUGAUAAAAUCAAAGAUUUUGCAUGAUUCAUUUUGCACAGACCACAUGCAUUACGGUAAUGCAUAAAAUUCAGUGGAAAUGUCUUGAUUAUCUGUGAUUAUUUAAUUGACUGUCAUCAGAACUAGAGCACACUUUGGAAGCCCACUCUCUUAAGUUUCAUUUUCAGAAAUGUUGUCUCUGGUUUGUUGUUCUGUUGUUUCCUGACAUGUGGCAUGGGCCAUACUGGAAUGCAAAAAAAAAGACAGAAAAAAAAAUGUAUACCGUUAUUGCAUCAAACUUGCAAAAAUAAACUCCAAAUGCAAUUUCAACCAA